UAGAUAUUCUGAGUGAGAACCUUCAGGCCAUCUAGGAAAAUGGUGGCCCUCUCCUUAAAGAUUUGCGUCCGCCACUGCAAUGUGGUGAAGACUAUGCAGUUCGAACCAUCUACGGCUGUGUACGAUGCCUGUCGAGUCAUUCGAGAGCGAGUACCCGAGGCUCAAACUGGGCAAGCUUCUGAUUAUGGGCUGUUCCUCUCUGAUGAAGACCCCAGGAAAGGAAUCUGGCUGGAAGCAGGCAGAACACUGGAUUACUACAUGUUACGGAAUGGGGAUAUUUUGGAAUACAAGAAGAAACAGAGGCCUCAGAAAAUCCGGAUGUUGGACGGGUCUGUGAAGACAGUGAUGGUGGAUGAUUCCAAGACUGUCGGGGAGCUCCUGGUCACUAUUUGUAGUAGGAUAGGAAUAACGAAUUAUGAAGAAUACUCUUUAAUUCAAGAAACCAUUGAAGAAAAGAAGGAGGAAGGGACAGGCACUCUUAAAAAAGACAGGACAUUGUUACGAGACGAGAGAAAGAUGGAGAAGUUGAAGGCCAAGCUGCACACCGAUGAUGACUUGAAUUGGCUGGAUCACAGCCGAACCUUCAGAGAACAGGGAGUGGAUGAAAACGAAACAUUGCUGCUGAGACGCAAGUUUUUUUACUCUGAUCAGAAUGUGGACUCCAGAGACCCCGUGCAGUUGAACUUGCUUUAUGUCCAGGCUCGAGAUGACAUCCUGAAUGGCUCCCACCCUGUCUCCUUUGAGAAAGCCUGUGAGUUCGGAGGAUUUCAAGCCCAGAUACAAUUUGGACCUCAUGUGGAACAUAAACACAAGCCUGGAUUCUUGGAUCUAAAGGAAUUCCUACCCAAAGAAUACAUCAAGCAAAGAGGAGCAGAAAAGAGAAUCUUUCAGGAGCAUAAGAACUGUGGAGAGAUGUCUGAAAUAGAAGCCAAGGUUAAGUACGUCAAGCUCGCCCGCUCCCUCCGGACAUACGGGGUGUCCUUUUUCCUUGUGAAGGAAAAGAUGAAAGGCAAGAACAAGCUGGUGCCUCGCCUCUUGGGAAUCACCAAAGACUCCGUGAUGCGUGUGGAUGAGAAGAGCAAGGAGGUGUUGCAGGAGUGGCCCCUCACCACAGUCAAGCGCUGGGCAGCCUCACCCAAGAGCUUCACACUUGAUUUUGGGGAGUAUCAGGAAAGCUACUAUUCAGUACAAACCACAGAGGGCGAGCAAAUAUCCCAGCUGAUUGCAGGAUAUAUUGACAUCAUCCUCAAAAAGAAACAAAGCAAAGACAGAUUUGGACUAGAAGGAGAUGAAGAGUCAACUAUGUUAGAAGAAUCAGUUUCCCCAAAAAAGUCCACCAUCUUGCAACAACAGUUCAACCGGACCGGGAAGGCGGAGCACGGCUCAGUGGCGCUACCGGCUGUGAUGCGCUCAGGCUCCAGUGGGCCUGAGACCUUCAAUGUUGGCAGCAUGCCCUCACCUCAGCAGCAGGUCAUGGUUGGGCAGAUGCACCGAGGCCAUAUGCCUCCGCUGACCUCAGCCCAGCAGGCCCUCAUGGGGACCAUCAACACCAGCAUGCACGCCGUCCAACAGGUCCACGAUGAUCUCAGUGAGCUCGACUCGCUGCCACCCCUCGGCCAGGAUAUGGCAUCUAGGGUGUGGGUUCAGAACAAAGUGGAUGAAUCCAAACACGAAAUCCAUUCUCAAGUUGAUGCGAUUACAGCUGGAACGGCUUCAGUCGUUAACCUAACGGCUGGUGACCCUGCUGACACAGACUACACAGCUGUGGGCUGUGCCAUCACCACGAUCUCUUCCAACCUGACGGAGAUGUCCAAGGGCGUGAAGCUGCUGGCAGCCCUCAUGGAUGAUGAGGUGGGCAGCGGGGAGGACUUGCUCAGAGCCGCUCGGACCCUCGCUGGAGCAGUGUCUGACUUGCUGAAAGCUGUGCAGCCUACUUCUGGGGAGCCUCGGCAGACCGUCCUGACAGCUGCUGGAAGCAUUGGCCAAGCCAGUGGAGAUCUUCUGAGACAGAUCGGAGAGAAUGAGACUGAUGAGCGAUUCCAAGAUGUUUUAAUGAGUUUGGCCAAAGCUGUUGCCAAUGCAGCCGCCAUGUUGGUGUUAAAGGCAAAGAAUGUUGCCCAAGUGGCAGAAGAUACCGUCCUACAGAACAGGGUGAUCGCAGCUGCUACUCAGUGUGCCCUUUCCACAUCCCAGCUUGUGGCAUGUGCCAAGGUCGUGAGCCCAACCAUCAGCUCCCCAGUGUGCCAGGAGCAGCUGAUCGAGGCAGGCAAGCUGGUGGACCGAUCGGUGGAGAACUGUGUUCGGGCCUGCCAGGCGGCCACUGGGGACAGUGAGCUCCUGAAGCAGGUCAGUGCUGCCGCCAGCGUGGUCAGCCAGGCCCUGCACGACCUCCUGCAGCAUGUGCGCCAAUUCGCCAGCCGAGGAGAGCCCAUUGGCCGCUACGACCAGGCCACUGACACGAUCAUGUGUGUCACUGAAAGCAUCUUCAGCUCCAUGGGCGAUGCAGGUGAAAUGGUACGCCAGGCCCGGGUCCUAGCCCAGGCCACUUCUGAUCUCGUCAAUGCCAUGAGGUCCGAUGCAGAAGCAGAAAUCGACAUGGAGAAUUCGAAGAAGCUCCUGGCAGCAGCAAAGCUCCUGGCAGACUCCACUGCUCGCAUGGUAGAAGCUGCGAAGGGGGCUGCAGCUAACCCAGAGAAUGAAGACCAGCAGCAGAGGCUGAGAGAAGCUGCAGAAGGUCUCCGGGUAGCAACAAAUGCUGCCGCCCAGAACGCAAUUAAGAAAAAAAUUGUCAACCGGCUGGAGGUUGCUGCCAAGCAGGCUGCAGCUGCAGCCACCCAGACCAUUGCGGCCUCCCAGAAUGCUGCUGUUUCCAACAAGAACCCUGCAGCCCAGCAGCAGCUAGUCCAGAGCUGCAAGGCUGUGGCUGAUCACAUCCCCCAGCUGGUACAAGGGGUGAGAGGGAGCCAGGCUCAAGCGGAAGACCUCAGUGCCCAGCUGGCUCUCAUUAUCUCCAGCCAGAACUUCCUCCAGCCUGGAAGCAAGAUGGUGUCCUCCGCCAAGGCCGCAGUACCCACUGUGAGUGACCAGGCCGCAGCCAUGCAGCUGAGUCAGUGUGCCAAGAACCUGGCGACCAGCUUGGCUGAGCUGCGCACCGCCUCUCAGAAGGCCCAUGAAGCCUGUGGCCCUAUGGAGAUCGACUCAGCCCUGAACACAGUCCAGACGCUUAAGAACGAGCUGCAGGAUGCCAAGAUGGCCGCUGUGGAGAGUCAGCUGAAACCACUUCCGGGGGAAACACUGGAAAAAUGUGCCCAGGACCUGGGAAGCACCUCCAAAGCAGUGGGCUCCUCCAUGGCCCAGCUCCUCACCUGCGCUGCUCAAGGCAAUGAGCACUAUACAGGUGUAGCUGCUAGAGAAACAGCACAAGCUCUGAAAACCCUGGCCCAGGCUGCCCGUGGAGUGGCUGCAUCUACAAGUGACCCUGCAGCUGCCCACGCCAUGUUAGAUUCUGCUCGAGAUGUGAUGGAGGGCUCAGCCAUGCUCAUCCAGGAAGCUAAGCAAGCCCUGAUUGCACCUGGAGAUGCAGAGAGUCAACAGAGACUAGCUCAGGUGGCCAAAGCUGUGUCUCACUCCUUGAAUAACUGCGUGAAUUGCCUCCCUGGGCAGAAGGAUGUGGAUGUGGCCUUGAAGAGCAUCGGGGAGUCCAGCAAGAAGCUGCUAGUAGAUUCGCUACCUCCAAGCACAAAGCCUUUCCAAGAAGCCCAGAGUGAACUGAAUCAGGCAGCUGCAGAUCUGAACCAGUCUGCUGGGGAAGUGGUCCACGCCACCCGGGGCCAGAGUGGAGAGCUGGCUGCAGCUUCUGGAAAGUUCAGUGAUGAUUUUGACGAGUUCCUAGACGCUGGCAUUGAGAUGGCUGGUCAGGCACAGACAAAAGAAGACCAGAUCCAAGUGAUAGGCAACCUCAAGAAUAUCUCUAUGGCAUCCAGCAAGCUGCUGUUAGCGGCCAAGUCUCUCUCUGUAGAUCCUGGAGCUCCCAAUGCCAAAAAUCUACUGGCUGCAGCUGCAAGCAAAACUGUCAAGGGGAUGCUGGAUAAUCCUAAUGAACCUGUUAGUGACCUCUCCUACUUUGACUGCAUUGAGAGUGUGAUGGAAAACUCCAAGGUACUAGGCGAGUCGAUGGCGGGAAUUUCACAGAAUGCCAAGACCGGGGACCUCCCUGCCUUUGGGGAAUGUGUGGGCAUUGCAUCUAAGGCUCUGUGUGGGCUGACUGAGGCUGCAGCCCAGGCUGCAUACCUGGUUGGCAUCUCUGAUCCAAACAGCCAAGCUGGCCACCAGGGCCUAGUGGAUCCCAUCCAGUUUGCCAGGGCUAACCAGGCAAUCCAGAUGGCAUGCCAGAACCUAGUGGAUCCAGGCAGCAGCCCGUCACAGGUUCUGUCGGCUGCCACAAUUGUUGCCAAGCACACCUCUGCUCUGUGCAAUGCCUGCCGCAUUGCCUCAUCCAAGACCGCCAACCCUGUGGCCAAGAGACACUUUGUCCAGUCAGCCAAGGAGGUCGCCAACAGCACAGCCAACCUGGUGAAGACCAUCAAGGCCCUGGAUGGGGAUUUCUCUGAAGACAACCGCAAUAAGUGUCGCAUUGCCACUGCUCCCUUGAUCGAAGCCGUGGAGAACCUGACUGCGUUUGCCUCGAACCCUGAGUUUGUCAGCAUUCCUGCCCAGAUCAGUUCUGAGGGCUCUCAGGCACAAGAACCAAUUUUGGUAUCUGCCAAGACCAUGCUGGAAAGCUCAUCAUACCUCAUCCGCACUGCGUGCUCUCUGGCCAUCAACCCCAAAGAUCCUCCUACCUGGUCUGUGCUGGCUGGACAUUCCCACACCGUGUCUGACUCCAUUAAGAGUCUCAUCACAUCAAUCAGGGACAAGGCCCCUGGGCAGAGGGAAUGUGACCACUCCAUUGAUGGCAUCAACCGGUGUAUCCGGGACAUCGAGCAGGCCUCUCUGGCAGCGGUCAGCCAGAGCCUAGCUACAAGGGAUGACAUCUCUGUGGAGGCCCUGCAGGAGCAGCUAACUUCUGUAGUCCAGGAAAUCGGGCACCUUAUCGAUCCCAUUGCCACAGCAGCUCGGGGAGAAGCAGCCCAGCUGGGACAUAAGGUAACACAGCUGGCAAGCUACUUUGAGCCCUUGAUCUUAGCUGCAGUUGGUGUUGCCUCCAAGAUUCUGGACCAUCAGCAACAAAUGACAGUGCUGGACCAGACCAAGACACUGGCAGAGUCAGCCCUGCAGAUGCUCUACGCAGCUAAAGAAGGUGGAGGAAAUCCCAAGGCACAACACACCCAUGAUGCCAUUACAGAGGCCGCCCAGUUGAUGAAGGAAGCUGUAGACGACAUUAUGGUGACACUGAAUGAAGCAGCCAGUGAAGUGGGUCUGGUGGGAGGCAUGGUGGACGCUAUUGCAGAGGCCAUGAGCAAGCUGGGUGAAGGCACUCCUCCGGAACCAAAGGGAACGUUUGUGGACUACCAGACGACUGUGGUUAAGUACUCCAAAGCCAUUGCCGUCACAGCUCAGGAAAUGAUGACUAAGUCGGUUACUAACCCGGAGGAGCUGGGAGGACUGGCUUCACAAAUGACCAAUGACUAUGGCCACCUGGCUCUCCAGGGCCAGAUGGCAGCAGCCACGGCCGAACCAGAGGAGAUUGGCUUCCAGAUUCGCACGCGUGUACAAGACCUGGGCCACGGCUGUAUCUUCCUGGUGCAGAAGGCGGGGGCCCUCCAGGUAUGCCCCACCGACAGCUACACCAAGAGGGAGCUGAUCGAGUGUGCCCGCGCUGUCACGGAAAAAGUGUCGCUAGUGUUAUCAGCUCUCCAGGCUGGAAACAAGGGGACCCAAGCAUGCAUCACAGCUGCCACUGCCGUGUCGGGGAUCAUCGCCGACCUGGACACCACCAUCAUGUUUGCCACCGCGGGGACGCUGAAUGCAGAGAACAACGAGACUUUUGCAGAUCACAGAGAGAACAUUCUGAAGACAGCCAAGGCCUUGGUAGAAGACACAAAACUUCUCGUGUCGGGAGCGGCGUCCACUCCAGACAAGCUGGCCCAGGCAGCUCAGUCCUCAGCAGCCACCAUUACCCACCUCGCCGAGGUAGUCAAGCUGGGAGCAGCCAGCCUGGGAUCAGAUGACCCCGAGACCCAGGUGGUGUUGAUCAACGCUAUCAAAGAUGUAGCCAAGGCCCUUUCUGAUCUCAUUGGUGCUACCAAGGGAGCUGCCAGCAAGCCGGCAGAUGACCCCUCCAUGUACCAGCUCAAAGGGGCAGCCAAGGUGAUGGUAACCAAUGUCACCUCCCUCCUCAAGACUGUGAAGGCUGUGGAGGAUGAGGCCACCAGAGGGACAAGGGCACUUGAGGCCACCAUUGAAUACAUAAAGCAGGAGCUCACGGUAUUCCAGUCAAAAGAGGUACCUGAAAAGACAUCAUCACCUGAAGAAUCCAUCAGGAUGACAAAAGGCAUCACCAUGGCAACAGCCAAAGCCGUGGCAGCUGGGAAUUCCUGUAGACAGGAGGAUGUGAUCGCCACAGCCAAUCUGAGCCGGAAGGCUGUGUCAGAUAUGUUGACAGCUUGCAAGCAAGCCUCCUUCCAUCCCGAUGUCAGUGAGGAGGUACGGACCAGAGCCCUGCGCUAUGGGACGGAAUGCACCCUCGGCUACCUGGACCUUCUGGAGCAUGUCUUGGUGAUUCUUCAGAAACCAACUCCAGAACUCAAGCAUCAGCUGGCUGCUUUCUCCAAACGAGUCGCCAGUGCAGUCACAGAGCUCAUCCAGGCAGCAGAAGCCAUGAAAGGAACAGAGUGGGUAGAUCCAGAAGACCCAACAGUCAUUGCAGAGACAGAAUUACUGGGGGCUGCAGCAUCCAUUGAGGCUGCUGCUAAGAAGUUAGAACAACUGAAGCCAAGAGCAAAGCCAAAACAAGCAGAUGAGACCUUGGAUUUUGAAGAACAGAUCUUAGAAGCUGCUAAAUCCAUUGCUGCUGCCACAAGUGCCCUGGUCAAGUCAGCCUCAGCAGCCCAGAGGGAGCUGGUGGCCCAAGGCAAGGUGGGCUCCAUCCCUGCCAAUGCUGCAGAUGACGGCCAGUGGUCCCAGGGGCUGAUUUCUGCUGCCCGGAUGGUGGCAGCUGCAACCAGCAGCCUCUGUGAGGCCGCCAAUGCCUCUGUGCAGGGACACGCCAGCGAAGAGAAACUCAUCUCAUCCGCCAAGCAGGUGGCCGCGUCCACGGCUCAGCUACUGGUGGCCUGCAAGGUGAAAGCCGACCAGGAUUCAGAGGCCAUGAGGCGGCUACAGGCGGCAGGUAACGCUGUGAAGAGAGCCUCAGACAAUCUCGUCCGUGCAGCCCAGAAGGCGGCAUUUGGCAAAGCUGAUGAUGAUGAUGUCGUAGUCAAAACAAAAUUUGUGGGAGGCAUUGCUCAGAUCAUCGCAGCCCAGGAGGAAAUGUUAAAGAAAGAACGAGAACUGGAAGAAGCGAGGAAAAAGCUGGCCCAGAUCCGCCAGCAGCAGUAUAAAUUCCUACCCACUGAGCUGAGGGAGGAUGAAGGCUAAGACCAGGCCAGGAUGGCCAGCCCCAGGAAUUGCCCCCCAACAAGAACUGGACAGAUGGUAUUCCUGAGAGCUGGGCACUUAACUUAGGAGCAGCUGCCUGCCUCUCUCUGGGGGAGGAUCCCAGAGCCUGGAGUCUCCUUACUCCUCUGUCCUGUCGGCACACGCUGCGCUGCGUAAUCAUGACGUCACACGGUACAGUGUCCCACCCAGAGCUCCUCUGCCACCUCCCCUCAAACCUCGCUAUAUCUCAAGAGAGAGGGGUGCACGUUUUUUGUGGACUGUUACCCAAAACAAGAAGUCAGUAUUAUGUCGUUCUCAGAAACCUUUUGCUUUUGUUCAUCCUCCUCUAGGACAGCUCUGGGGCCUCUGUGAAACAAUCUUUGGGGUUAAAAAAAAAAGUGGCCCUGGGGACCACUGAUACCACGGACACCCACAGACAUCCUUCUCCCUUCCAAGGGAAGAUAGAAGUUGGAGUUGGACAUGGUGACUAAAAGCCAGAAAACACAAACCUAGGUGAACUCUGGAAGGGGCCCUGAGGUCACCCCUUCCAUGUCUCGAGCACUGGCUCACCCAAGGGGUAAAGAAUCUCACCCAUUUGCACGCCUUCUUGCUUCCUUGUGUAAGCUCCUUGUACAAUCAUUACCCAUCUUGUAUUGUGUGGCCCAGAAAAUCAAGCAGUUCUUUUUAUUUGUUCCUCCAUCCUCCAAAGGGCAGAUUUGCGGGAAGCUUCCAGGGCCCGACGGGCAAGGGCUGGAAUAAAACACAUGGGCUCCUUA